AUGGCCAAAAAUGCGCAAAGCAUCAUGAAUUACGCUCAGAUCCCGCACAUCAUUGAUCAAUGGCUUCGAGUCGAGACGUCUUGUUCGAGCGUAAGAUCUCGCAGGCCUGGUCAUCGAAUGAACAUUCUUUUACCCCUUCUUAGCAUCAUGGCUAAACUACUGGGCGUAGCAUUAGGCUUCUUGAGCCAGCCAUUCACUCAUCUUUCUCAGUUAUUGUUCUUAGCUGGUCCUGUCUGGGUAAAUAAUGGCCAGGUUAUCACCCCAGAACUCUCCAACUCUAUCCAAGAGACCCUUGAUAUUUGGAACAUCACUGGACUGUACGGCGAACCGGAAUUUCAUUCAUGGGGAAACAUGACAGAGGACGGUGACGAGACCACAGAAGACGUGCAAACUGCUUCUUAUGACUAUGAACACGGAAGAAACGUCACACCGCUUCCUCCCACUUUGUCGGAAUUUAACUGGCACACAUUACCCCAUCGAGGCGAACUGUUCGCGGAUUCCCAUCAUCGUCUCGAGAUGCUCUUGCUGGCAAGUGCUCUAUUGGCGUGGAGAUCUUCUGUCGGCUCUGGCGCUCGAGGAUCGGCUAUGACUGUUAUUCCCUUCAACCAAGGUUCGAAGCAGUACGUUAAAGCACUCAUUGACUACAUCUAUGCCACGCUCGGCCUCAAUCUGGACUACAUACUUCCCUCUGCUGCAGUGCUUGAGGAUGGGCGCGAGAUGGACGGCCUGGACGAAACAUUGAAGAACAAGAAGACCUUUCUCGUCACUUUGUCACGAGACCAACGCAGGUCUUGUUGGCAACGACAGUCUCUAUUCAGAAUCCAAGAUAUAUCUGGAAACCUUGCGCUGGAACUCGUGUGUUUGGCUGGUGCUCUUAUCCGUCAUAUAUUCUUCUCACCUCGUGCACUUGGUUCCAACUUCAGCGUCGCAAUCUUGUCAUUAUCCAUCCUCGCGUUCACACUCGAUCUCCCCAUCUCACACUACCUUGAGAUUCCUUUGGAUCCAAUCAGUCUCACUAAGCUCUGCCCUUCUUUGUGUGCACGGUUGGCUUCGAUAAGCCCCUCCAUCUUGCGGAUGCAGUACCCAACCACCUCACUUGUUAUCUCCCGUUACAGUGACCCACGCACUCACUCUGUUUUCCUGCAACUUGAAGCACCGCAGUACAAACUAGCCUUAGCGCGAAUCGACGCACUCUUGACAGAGUUCAACAGGCUUGAUGACAAGAUGAUUCUCACUGAAGUACACUUGAGACUCCGAGAGAGACUUGGCUUGGUGACUUCCCGUUGGAUCCGCUUAAAUGCCAUUGCCCGUCCUAAGGCAGAGAGUCUCAGCGCGACAUGGAAGGGUACUAGUGCGACUGGAGGUAACACCAAGAAUUUCACUGGUGGCGCGUUCUUCGACAGCAAGACAAGCCAAUGGCAUGACGUGCUUGACCCUUCAACCCAAACAUUGCUCACACGCGUCUCUGAGACCACCAUGGAGGAGUUUGACCAGGCAGUCGACGCUGCUAGCCAGGCAUUCAAACUUCAGUAUCAAAUCCGUCAGAAUGCAGACGCACUUGCACACAGCAUCGUUCUAAUGUAUUAUGAUCCUUGGAGGAUGAGUCGUCCUCACCUUGACCCGACCAUGGGAACUGUCCUUAAGUCAAGGUCAAAGUGGUCGCCCUCUCUCAUCAACCUACCAAUUGCAAUCAAGCGUCUGCUUCGUCAUCCGCGCAUCUGCGUACUGGCGUUUCGCAUCAAAGAAUCCCACCGUGAAAUCGAAUCUUUCCUAGCGUUGUUUGGAAUUAACGAUGAUAGAAUAGUACUAUUGGCCAGCAUGAUGGUCAAAUGGCGUGACCUGCGUCGGAGGCAGGACAUCUUAUUUUGGGAAUUAUUGGAAGAAAGGGUCCGGUUACCAAUACUUGAGAAUAAAAGGCAUCGCUGCUUGUCAGACACAUGCAGCAUGGGACUCGUAGGUGAUAACCAGUGCGAGGAAGGCGAUCUCGACAGUGAUCCAGAAGCUGAUUCUGAUGAUGAUGGUGAGAGCGCUAUCUCCGAUUUAUAA